AUGUCGCGUCCCGCGGGUUACAAAAGUUCGGGUCAGCUUCACGAAAGAAAGCAUUCGCCGGUAGCAUCCUCCUCCUCCCCGUUCGUCCCAAACAACACAAGUAGCAACCCUCGCAUACCGUCCUCCAAUCUUAGUAACCCGCGCAGCGUUUUACAGACCCACCACGCCUAUUACUCGUCGCCUACCGAUAACGGCGACUCUGACGACGCUCGCGAAACGUCGGGUGCGAGAGCGUUUGGUUUCGCCUCGAGCGCCGUUCUGUCGUCGCGUGCGCGCGCGACAGUCGCAGCAGUCGCAGGGCAUCUGCAGCGCGUUCGAGCAACCGUCGCCGUGCGAUUAUCGCGGCUUUCGCGCGACCAGGCAGCGGGCCUCGUAGCACUGGCGCUAUGGGCGGCGCUGUGGUUGCAAGACGAAGUGCAGUUGCUAGCAGCACCGCAGGGCACAUGCCCCUCUCUCCCAGACUUCCCCCCAGAGGAGGCUGAUGUGUUGGGGAGGGUGCCGCAGUAUGGGAAGUUUGACCUAAGCGCGCCGAUGGUGGGGAAAUAUCUGAAGCUUAUACACAAGUACCUGGAGCCAUGGCAGCCUAUACCGGGGAUUGAGUCUGGUUUGGGCCAUAAGGGCUUUGUCACUCCCGAGGCUCUCUACCGCUUGGCUCGGCAGCCGUCUGUUAUGUCAUGUUCUGGCCAUGUCAAGGUGAUCAACGGGAAGGUGUUCUUCAGAUAUGGCGGCUUCUGGCACGUUUACUACCGCCUCAACCGCUUCUUGCAAACCGUCAAGAUGAUUCAAGACGCUAUAGACGUGUAUGGAUUGACAGACCUUCGCCUGGAAAUGAUAGUCAACACGUGCGACCAUCCGCAGUCAUUCUACAGCAGCCACUGGUCCGACCGCGCUGGUUACCCUGUGAUGAGCAUGGGCUUCACGGUCGACACCAUGGACAUACCCAUCCCUGAUCCACUUGACUUGACAGAGGACUACACGCCAGACCUCAGCACUCAGGUACCCUGGGAAAGAAAGGAGGCACGAGCAGUAUUCCGCGGAAAGACGACCAACUUUGACAUGCUGGAUGGCAACUGGGGCGCCAACCCGCGUGUGCGGCUGCACCGGCUGUCAGACGUGCACUCUGCGCUGAUGGAGGCGCACAUCAACGCGUGGAGCCAUGCCAAGCCCGCUGUUAUUAAAGCGAUGGCUGAGGAUGGGCUGCUGCUGGCGAAACGCAUGAAUUUCACCCAAUUCAAUGCUUUCAAGUACCAGGUAAGGGGAGCUGUAUCUGAUGGGAGUCUCAGAGGCGGGAGGGAGAGAUGGGGGGUAAGAGAGGGGGAGAACGAGGGUGGGACGUGCAGUGGACUGCACCGGCUGUCAGACGUGCACUUGGCACUGAUGGAGGCUCAUAUCAACGCGUGGAGCCAUGCCAAGCCGGCUGCUAUUAAAGCCAUGGCGGAGGACGGGCUGUUGCUGGCGAAGAGAAUGAACUUCACCCAAUUCAAUGCCUUUAAGUACCAGGUGGGUAGUGUAGGGAGAGGUGGAGUGCUCUCUGCGCUCAUGGAGGCUCACAUCAACGCGUGGAGCCACGCCAAGCCCGCGGUUUCGCCAGCCAUGGCUGAAGACGGAGAGUUGCUGGCGAAACGCAUGAAUUUCGAUGGGGGAAGGGGCAGCUGCAGGACCUGCAGGACGUGUGGAGUGCUGCGAUCAAAUCAGCUGAGCAUCCGCCAGGAGACGCCCCUCUUCCAGUUCUACGAGCCGCUGCUGGAGGAUGGGGUGCAUUGGCUGGUUACCACGCGCACAUUCUCCGAUCUCCCUGCUAAAAUUCGCUGGGCUCAGGAGAACGACGAUGCAGCACAGAGGCUGGUGCAUGCAGCGAACCACAUGGCGCAGUAUGCGUGCACAUGGAGUGGCAGGCGGCUGUACUGGGCGCUGCUGUUGGUGAAGUACCAUGAUGUGCUUCAGGACCCCUCUGCUAUCACCGAACCUACAGCCAACGAGAUCUGCACCAAGCAACCCCUCCUACAGCCCCCUCCCAACGCCACCAACCCUGCUCUGGUGCACUGUGCCGACCCUGAUGCACCCAAGCACCAGCCUGACUGCGCUUUCUUCUGCGCCAAGGCCACCAUUCCCGACUCGGGGCUCAUCUGGCUGCGAGCAGACGUGCUUCGAGGGCUCAAGAAGAUUGGCCCUCCUUGA